GAGGAGUCGCCGAUCACCAAGAACGUGAAAUCGCUGGACAAGAGACCUUCCUUUGUGCUGUCGCCAUCUUCCACACGCUCACCAGCAAGCGCGGUCUCCUCACCGAUUUCAUCAAGAGCAAUAAGAAGCUAUUGCGGGCCUCAUGCUGCAAGCGGAAAGGGUCCCUGGAGUAUGCAGACCAGCAGGAGGUCGAAGACCGUGGGGCUGGGAACAUCGCAGAGCCCAUCCAGGAGGGCCUUCCAGAGCCUCCAGCGGUCAAUAAGCUGGAGAUGCGCGAAGCCUUGCCGCAUGAGACGCUGAAAGCCAGAGGAUUGCUUCGGAUCUUCUCACGCAGAUUGGGCAAGGCAGCCUACAUAUCCCACGAGUGGGUGAGCAAGCAGCAUCCCGAUCCGAAGUUUGAACAGUUGAAGAUCUUGCAGGAUGCAAUGAAGAUGAUCAUGUCAAGCUUGGACGCCAUCCCCCCGGAUGCAAUUUCAGGGCAGCUGUAUUCCGAUCAAACAGGCAUCCAAACGCAGGAGUUCCGCAGCGAGAGCUUGUACCUUUGGUACGACUAUUUCUCUUGCCCACAGCUCCAGCAAGACCACGAUACCCGCAAGACAGUUGCCUCCUGCAUUCCCCAAUACAUAGCUCAUUGUGCCUUUUUUUUCGCCCUCUGCCCGGCAGUUGUGAGCCCGGAGGGCAAUACACUUAGCCCGCACUCCUGGGCGCAGCGAGGGUGGUGCAGAUACGAACGAGCUGUGCGCGAGAUGUCAGCACCGUGGAUCCUUGUUCGCGGCCCUCUGACCAUGGAGGUAUUUGCUCAGCCACAGCUUGCCAACUGCUACGGUGGGGCCCCCGGUGAGGGCAACUUUACGGACGAGGAGGACAAAGCGAUCAUUGCGGAAGUGCUGCCUCAAGUGCUCCGCAACAAGUUGAUGUCGUCCUUGAGGGCUAAAGACGCUGUGGCUUAUCGGGUGUACCUGAACUUGCAGAGCGUUCUCUUUAGAGGCUUGGAAUUUGCCGAGCGCAUCUCCGAUAUUGUUCCCGGACUUGAACCGAGCGCGACAGAAGAUCGAGCGGAGCACUUCCUGAAUCAGAAUGGCUUCCAUAGCUUCCGCGAGGUCGAUGAAGCAGGCUGGUCGCCGCUGUGCUAUGCAUGCCUCAGCGGUGAUGCGAAGGUGGUCCAGGCUCUUCUCGAUCGACGUGCUGAUCCAGACACCCAGACAAGCAAGCCACAAGUUCUCGUCAACCUCACGGCAUGGAACCCGGUGACGUCCAUCUGUGCUUACUUUCACCAGAACCCAGCCUUGCGGCUGCUGCUCGAGGCAAAGGCCAAGAUCGACUCCGGGUGGAACCCGCCUAUCUCCUCAGCAGCCACUACCGACAACGCAGAGGGCAUCCGUAUCCUGUGCGACGCUGGCACCAGCCCCACAACCAAGAAUUCCUUCGGGAUGUCACCGCUAGAGGUUGCCGCUGGGGCAGGUGCCGUGGCAUGCCUGGACGAGCUGGUCAGCCGCAUACAAGAUGAGGUGGACACAUCGAGGGCACUGCACUUUGCCAUGUGGUAUCGAGGCGGUGCGGAAGAGGUCCUUUCCAGACUGAUCAGUGCGCGUGCCGACUUGGAUGGAAGGCUCAAGACGCCGGCAGCAUCACUACUUGGAAUCAGUUGUGCGAGCCUGAGCCUACAGCAUCGACUCGGCAGGAUCACAACAUCCACGCGAAUUGCCUAUCACAGCUACGACAGCACACCGCUUAUGCUGGGCGUGCUUUCUGGACAAUAUGCAGGAGUCUUGGCUCUUGUGAAGAUGGGAGCACGGCUGGACCUUGAAAACUCUCGCAGUCGCACAGCAUGGGACUUGGCCUUGGAAGUGGGCGCACCGGACUCUAGACCUAUUUUACGACCCUUCGCUCUAUGCUCCCAGCUGAGUCCCUAA